AUGAAUGACGAUCAAGAACAACAAGACGCUCUUAAAAAUAUCACUUCAUUACCGGAACAUGCUAAUCCUGUAGAAGAACUAUUAAAUGAUCGUUUAUCAUCCCAGUCAGAGGAUGUUAAUGAAGAUACUGAGUCCAUCGAAAAUCUUCCACAAUCAUCAUUAAUCGAAGAAAAACAAAAUGAAAUGAAUCAAAUUGAACAACAAGUUGAAAUUCCUUCAACAUUCACAGAAGAAAAAAUAGCAUUACAAUCAUCAGAAAAUCGUAUUGGUAAAUAA